AUGUCGCCCAAGGCGGCAGACCUCUACAACGUGAAUGGGCUCGUGGCCGUUGUGACCGGGGGCAGUACGAGCAUCGGUCUUGCGAUCACGAAAGCGCUUGCUCAGAACGGAGCAAAGAGAGUGUACAUCGUCGGCCGGCGGAGGGAGAAGCUGGAGGCCGCCGCCGAGGAGCUCGCCGUCGACGGCAACGUCGUCCCGCUCGUGGGCGAGGUCACCUCCAAGGAGUCGCUCGCCGAAAUUGCGCGCCAGGUCGAGGACGACGCCGGGUACGUCCACCUGCUCGUGGCCAACGCCGGCAUCACGGGCCCGAAGAUCCGUCCCGCUCUCGACCCGGCCACGGGCUCGAUCGACGACUUCGUCGAGCGCGCCUGGAGCACGCCCGCGAGCGACUUCGUCCGCGCCUUCGACGUCAACGUCGCGGCCGUCCACUACUCCGUCCUCGCCUUCCUGCGGCUGCUCGACAGGGGCAACCGCGCCCACAACCAGUUCCGCGACGGGGUCGCCUCGCAGGUCGUCGCCGUGAGCGCCGUCCCCGGCUGCGCCCGGCUCAAGGCCGCCAGCUUCGCCUACGGCAGCUCAAAGGCCGCGCUCGCGCACCUGAUGAAGCACCUGUCCGUGUGGUGUGCGCGCUGGAACAUCCGAUGCAACGUCGUCGCCCCGGGCUCCCUGUCGUCCCUGGGCCUCUCCCAUCAUUUCAUGAUUCCCAUUCCCCUGCCGGACUUGGACGACGAGGAAGACGGCUGA